AUGGCUACAGUGAAAGUCAUUCAGUCAGUGGAGAAUGACCAAAUGCCCUACCCCAGCCAUGUCACUCUCACCUCCAGCCCUGGCCUUGCUGCUACCCUGGCCCACAGGCAGGAUAACCCUACUGCAGCUACCCCCUCUGCCAGUGCCUCUGUCACUCAGAAGACAGAGAACAAAAGCACCCCCAUAGCUGAGCUCAAGGUGUCAAACGGAGCCCCUGUGGCUAUAGUGGGUCCUAACAGGCAGCUGACCCUCCCAGUGACCAGCGUCACCUUGGACGGAAGCAGCAGCACUGAUGACCACGUCGUUACCAGCUACCACUGGGACACCAUCAGAGGUCAUCCAGGGUCAAGGACACAGGGUGUGGACAAGCCCAUAGCCAUAGUAACGAGCCUCAGAGCGGGCCGCUAUACAUUUAGUCUGACUGUGAGUGACCAGGAAGGGCUGAAAGACAGUGCCUUGCUCACAGGGUUCAAGAGGCCUGUUGUCCAUCCUCCCUCAGCCAGAAGCCUUCCACCUGUAGCACAUGCCAGCGGCAGCCACACCCGAGCCCUACCCAACAACUCCCUGGUGCUCAGAGGCUCAGUGACGGAUGGUGACCCAGCCACGGUGGACUUCCUCUGGGUCUGGGACAGUCAGAGCCCUGCUGCUGGGGAUGUGCUGUAUGGUUCAGAGCAGCAGGCCUCCCUGUACCUGGCCAACUUGGUGGAGGGGACCUAUCUGUUCCAGCUGCGUGUCACAGACACCCAGGGACGCAGCAGCACCGCCACAGCCACCAUGGAAGUGCGGCCAGACCCUGGUGGUCGUGAGGAGGUGGAGGUGGAGAUGUUGGUAGCACUGGCCCAGGUGAGUGUGUCACAGAAGGACACCGUGCUCAGACAGUUGGCCGCACUGCUCCAAGUCCUGGACAAUGGCAUCCACCUAAGGGGCCUAUGGGGACACUCAGAUAUCAGGUAUUGCCCAAUGCAGAAAAUGGAUACAAAGCACCCAUGUUUUUUUACACAUUGUGUGUGUGUGUGUGUGUGUAGCACAGUGCUGAGGUUCUCAGUGCAGGGUCCUGAGGGGCCAGUCCCUGGUCCUAAACUGGCCAUUCUGCUGCAAAGUCAGCUGCUGAGGGAGAAGACUGAAUACCUGCUCUUCAGAGUCCUUCGAGUGGAUACAGUCAAGUGGCAGGUUCUCUACUUCAUCAUGUACUUCUUCAUGGUCGUUGUCUUCAUCGUGACAGUCACCUGGACGUGUGUCUACUGUGUCUACUGCUGCAAAAGGUGACCUUUCCUUUCUUGCUCAGACACACAACAAUGUCCGAUAUAGAUUUUGUUUCUGAUUCUGUUUGUUAAAGGCCCAGUGCAGUAAAACAUGUGAUUUACUGUUAGUCAUUUAGGUCAACAUUGGAUCAUUCAGAGAUCCUCACUGAACUUCUGGAGAGUUUGCACUAAAAGUAA